AUGAAUUUUGCAGAUAAAAUUGCCGAAUUAUGUAUCGAUAAAUAUAAGUCUCUAAAAAAAACCGGCAAACCGCGGGAUACUGAGUGGACGGUCCUAUCAGGAAUAGUAUUAAAAAAUGAGCAUUGUUUAAAAGUCGUUUCUUUGGCUACAGGGACCAAAUGUUUGAGUUCUAAAGAAUUAAUAAAUACUAAUUUAUAUGAUAUGGGUAGUAGAUUAAGUGAUUCACAUGCAGAAGUACUCACACGACGUGCAUUUCUAAGAUUUUUGUACGAUCAAUUAGACCAAUUGCUUUGCUUAAAUAAAAGUCAAGUGUUUCAAUUUAAUGAGAGUGUCAUUGAAUUUAUAAAUGGGGUGUCUUUUCAUUUUUAUGCUAGCCAUACUCCUUGUGGCGAUUGUUCAAUAGUUCCAAAAUUUAAAAAACCAGCUAGUGACACUCGCGACGACGAUGGACAUUGCUUGCCAAAAAUUUUAAAAUUAGAAGAGACAGUUAUUGAAGACAAGGGAAUAGUUGUUGAUGGUUUUGUAGAGGAUAUUCAUCGCACAGGAGCCAAAUGUGUUGCUACAGAAAAAAAUCAAGAUCUUCAUUUACCUGGCGUCAACUAUCAUAUCACAGGGCCUCUAAGAACUAAACCUGGACGAGGAGAUCCCACUUUGAGUUUAUCAUGUUCAGAUAAAAUUGCCAAGUGGAAUUUUCUGGGUAUUCAAGGAGCACUUUUGUCAUUAUUUAUACCAACGUUGAAAUUUGAGACAAUUGUUAUUGGCAGUGGGUGUCCUUUUUCUAUGGAUUCAAUGGAACGCGGGUUAGGUAAAAGAUUCAGUGAUGAAUAUCCUCUGCCGAAAAUUUAUCAAAGUUCUUUGAUAUUUAUCCAUAACAAAGAUGAUGAUAGAGUUAAUCCUUGCCCGUCUAGUAUUAUUUGGUCGUCUGUUCGAAAAGUAGAUACUGAAAUUGCGGUUGAAGGAAGAAAACAAGGAGCAACUACUAAAAAUAAAAAAGGAAAUUACUUGCUUGUGACGCGGAGAAAUUUUUUGAAUAAUUUUUUUAACAUCAUUGAAAAACAUCCCAAGUAUAAAUUACUACCAAGACAUCCUAAAAAAAUAACUUAUUUUCACUGUAAGCAGUGGUCUAAAGAUUAUCAAAAAUCGUGGAGUAAUUUAAAAACUAUUAUAAAAUCAUGGCCGUCUAAACCAAUGCACCUUCAAGAAUUUUCUCUAUAA